AUGUCUGGUAUCUUGGCCGUCUACGCCCUCGUCAUAUCCGUCCUCAUCGCUAGCGACAUCAAGCCGCCGCCGGACAAUACAUACUCGCUGUAUGCUGGAUUCAUGCACAUGGCCGCCGGUCUGUCAGUCGGGUUAUCUGGCCUGGCUGCGGGCUACGCGAUUGGAAUCGUGGGAGACGCCGGUGUACGCUCUUUCAUGCGCCAGUCGAGAAUCUUCGUCGGCAUGGUCCUCAUCCUCAUUUUCGCCGAAGUUCUGGGUCUUUACGGACUCAUUGUCGCCCUCAUCCUCAACACCCGAGCAAGUGGCUGA